AAGAAUUAAGAGAAUACAACAAAUGAGAAUGGAAAAAGGUCUUCGAGCCCAGCAAAUUCUGGAGGCUAAGAGGAUAAAGAAGGAAGAAGCUGCAAAAGCCAAAUUAUUGGAGGCUGAGAAACGAAAACAGGAAAAAGAACGGUCGAAGCAAGAAAAACGUGAUGAGAAACGAUUAAAGAAAGAGCUUAAACUAGAGCAACGAAGAUUAGAAUUAGAAAUUGCAAAAGAACUAAAGAAGCCUAAUGAAGACAUGUGCUUAGCAGACCAAAAGCCUUUGCCAGAGUUGCCUCGUAUUCCAGGACUUGUCCUCUCUGGAAGUACAUUUUCAAACUGUCUCAUUGUGGUGCAGUUCUUACGAGUCUUCGGUAAAGCUUUAGGCUUUAAUGGGAAUACUGAUGUUCCAGACCUGAGUAUUCUUCAAGAGGGAUUGCUGAAUCUAGGGGACAGCAUGGCUGAGGUACAAGACCUGCUUGUGAGGCUCCUGUCAGCUGCUGUGUGUGAUCCAGGUCUAAUUACAGGAUACAAGGCCGAAACAGCUCUUGGAGAACAUUUGCUGAAUGUUGGUAUGAAUCGAGACAAUGUUUCCGAGAUCUUGCAGAUCUUUAUGGAGGCCCGUUGUGGACAGACUGAGCUCACCGAAAGCCUGAGGACCAAGGCUUUCCAGGCCCACACUCCGGCCCAGAAAGCCUCGGCGCUGGCCUUCCUGAUCAGUGAGCUGGCGUGCAGCAGGAGGGUGGUGAGUGAAAUUGACAAGAACACUGAUUAUAUGUCAAACUUGAGGAGAGAUAAAUGGAUGGUAGAAGGUAAACUCAGCAAGCUCCGAAUCAUUUAUGCUAAGAAAGCAGGCAAGAGAGACACUUCAGGUGGCAUCGAUCUUGGAGAAGAGCAGCACGCGUCGGCCACCCCCACAGCAGGAUACAAGCGAAGAAGGAAGGGCGGCGACAGUGACGCUGAUGUGAGCCAGUCUAUCAGCGUGGGAGGAAACCCUGUGAAAUCCAAGUUCCCAGACACCAGCCAGGGACCAGCCUUGUACGCGGGCCUUUCAAAUAGAGCAGUCAGACCUGCAAUGUCAGCUCUUUUCUACCCAUGUAGUAGUAGCAAAAAUCAAGAAAACUGA